UUUUUCGUCUUGAAACGAAUUUUAUAUAAUAUAGAUAUUUUGGGAUUCCAUUUCAUAAUUUAAAAAAUCUGGGAUUCGCGGAAUUCGUAGCCGGCUUUAUGAUAAAACGUUUAACUACAUUGUAUGACUACGGUUUUAAUUUUGUUACCCGUAUGGAUAAAAAAUAUCUUGGCAAAUAUCAGUGUUACGUCCCACUAGAACGACAAGUGGCAUGUAACACCUCGAAGUCUAGCCUGAGUACUCCCGUUCGAGAGCUAGACAGACAUUUGUACGGUUAAGCGAUCAUAAACUGUCAAAAUUUUCCUCUAUCCCCUGAACGGUGUCGUCUCAUUUGGUCGAAUUCCCAAUUGGCCGAAAUGUCAAUUGGUCGAAAACUAAGUACUCGUCUGUUAUAUAACAACUACCUGAUUACCUGUGUAUGUAAUGAACAUGGUCAAGGGGAUAGAGAAAUGUGAAAGAGCAAAGUUGGUGCAGUUGAAUGAUGGAGCUGCAUCACCACCGAGGAAGAGAAGAGUACGGGAUCUCGACAUCAGAGUCCGUCGCCUCGAGCAGCAACUCACUGACAGAACCAAGACACCCCUGCAGUACCUGGACGCCACUGGUCAUCUCAUGAAGCUGCAGUGAUUGUGAUAUUGUGAGUGUAACAUUCUGAAAGAAACUGCUGCUUCAAAAAAUAAUCUGGAACAGUUCAUUAUAAUGACUGAGGUAAAGACAUUGCGAUACAGAAAUGAAAGAAGAAUGACAUGCCUUAAGAAGUUUGAGACCUCCAAAAGAAAAACAUGGUCACAAAUAAAGAAAGAAAGGGAGAACCAAAAAUUGCAUCCACCAUGCAAGAAACCAAGAUUAUCAAUCUUCAACAACCAUAAUAUUUUUGCAUCCUUCCAUCAUUAUAAGACUGAAGUUGGUUCGGAAACUGAAUUCUCUGAUGAUCUUCCAGAUAUUGAUGAAACGGAUUCUGCAUCUGAUUCACCGUCUCCUGAAAUUAAUUCAAAUACGUGUAGAAUAAACAACCUUGCAGCAAUUUUAGGUACAGUAACAUCUGCCGAAACAAGGCCAGCUGAUGUGAGUAGGGUUUCUAAACCAGUAGUUUUUGAUCAAAAUGCAAAGGCAAAGAUUGCUGCUUUGUUAACCAAAGUGCAGAGAGAGCGUUGUAAAAGUGAUUUUGUAACCUCCAAAAGUUGUAUACAAGAUAGAAGUAAUCGCCAUUUUUUAGAUGUUCUGAAUGAAGUGACUGUGUCAGAAACAUGUUCUACUUCUCCAUCGGCCUCAAACAGCCCAGCCUCCGGCUUGUGCUCAGGCUUUCAGACUAGAGAAGGAAUAUCAGAUUGUUGUGUAAAUAAUGAUGAUAACACAGAUAGUUCCUGUAUAGAGUGUCAUUCAGAAAACACUACAGAUGAAGAAUGGGAACAUACAAAGAAGACCGUGCACGCAUUUAAGAAAUGUGGGUUGCUAAGGCAGGUGCGUGUCCCUGCAGUUGAGUCGAAAGCAUCAUCUAAACAAUGUGAUAUCAAACAAUUUUUUCCUGUUGCUGAACCUCAGACAGAUUUAGAUUGUACUAGCAGUGUUUUCAACAAAGGAAAGAAAGUAAACUUGAAACAAAAUCGACCAAUGUUUCCCAGAUUAGAGGUUGAGGAAGAAUGUCUGGCAGCAUCCUUAUCAGAUAUGCAUAUCAAUACAAUAGAGGCAGCAUUAGAAGAAGGUGAUGCAUUUCUUGAUUACAGUUUACGACUUGUAGAUGAUUUCUUGUUGAAACCAACAGAGUCAAUUGUACAAGAAAUUACUAACAGAGGACUGCUUGGCAACAGUUGCUUGAAGGUUGUCCUCAAAUCAGGCAAACUGUUAAGCACCAUAUUGCAAAAACAUCCAACAUUGUUGAGAGUUGAAUGGGAUGUUAUUGAAAACCUUUUAGAUUUGUUAACAAUGAACAAAAACUCUGACAGUGCUGCAAACCUUUAUCCUAAAGUUUGUCUGUUGCUUGAUCUUGUAUGUACUUGUUUUCAAGCAGAACUUGGUUCGAUCAAAAUAUCAAAUCCUUAUAAAAUUAAGAAGACGCAAGCUUACAGGCUUCUUUCGUCUGAUUGUGCAUUUUCAAACAUGAACAAAAUAGUGCAGUGGAUUCGCACCAUAGUCACAUCAGAUGAAUACAAAGAAUUACGGGACUCAAGGUUAGAACAACAAUUCAAUCAUCUACCAGCAGAAGAAAACAUUGAUAGUGUAUAUGUGCCAAAAUUGUUACCCAACUUACAAAAGCUGCUGGAGAUUGGCAUCAAUGUUAGCAGGAGUUGUAUAGAAGCAGCAAAGCGUGUAGGAGGAGAAAUGGUCCACACAUACAUGUAUUUGCCUGAUGUUAAUCAUAAAAAACUCUUUUUGCAAUCGGUUAGUAGUGAUCUGUUACAAUUCAAAGUUGUUCAAAGAAUUCUAGAAGACAAUUGUGACGUGACAUACGUUUCUUGUGAAGAUUUUCCCAGUUCGCUGAAUGAUGUGAUAGAAUCUUACUUUGAAGCUCUUCCUCCCAAAAGUCCCAUGACCCCACCACAGUCGCCUUCAGAUGAGGAAAAUGAUCCUGUUGAUGCCAGAAGUUUGUCACAGUUUUCAGCAUCUAGCUGUGAAGAGUUGGCCUUUCUUGUUCAUUGUGUAACUCAAAGCUAUCUCAGGUGUGCCCAAGGUUAUCAACAUCAGCCAUUGAGCCAGAGGGUUAGACUCCAUCAAGACAUCCGUCCUCUGUGCAAAGCUGUCAGAGAGUCAGAGUCGCUGUCCGUUAAAGUCAGCGAUUUCUAUGGUCACUUGGUCACCUUAACUACAGAGUUGAAUCCAGCCACUCACCAGUACCUCAUGCUGUUACAGAGCAUGGCAGAUGCAUCAGCUGAUGAACUUGACUGCUGAAGAAUUCCCGAUUUAGAAGGCUCCCAAUAUAAUGUGAAGUUGUAGUCUGCUAUAAUUACAUGUAGAACAAUAAUGUUUAAUGUUUUAUUUCAGUAUGUAUUACUUUGUGCAUAUUGUUAAAUAUGCAUUGUUGUGUGGUUGUUUUUCACAUGUGAAGUGUGUUUAUGAAUUUGGUCCAAUAACAGCUUUAUUUUACAUUUACAUGCAAGUCUUUUCAAAUUGUCUGCCAUGAAAUACAUUUGUAUAUUCACAUUUGUUGUAAUAAUUUGUUUUAUUUAAUUUUGAGAGAUAAAUUUUCUUUUAUUCAAACUCACUCCUGCAGCGGUUAAAUUGGACUGACAAAAUUUAAACUGCAGUUCUUAUCAUCUGUUUAAAAUUACAAAAAUAUAUCCAUUAAUUUAAGAUAUUUUAGAAUUCAUAAUUGUACCCUCUGGCAGAAAUCAUCACAUGUACAAAUGUACCAUUAAUAUUUUUAUAUUGUGUAGUCGCUUUCUGUUCACAUUUAACUUAAAUUAUUGCAUUAGCACUUAAUUCAUCACCCUCCAGUGACUUAGCCUUAGUUCAUAUUCCAAAUUUAUUUUAAUUCUUCCAUCAGGCUUUCAUUAACAGUGAAAGUUGUACUUAACAUUUUUUAUUAUCUUUUCAUUUGACAUAAAUGUAUUUAUUGGUUGUACAAAUUACUUUUAAGUGCUUAAAGCAUAGUUUUGACAUCUAGUACAUUAUAUAAGUUGUUAGUUUGUAAGCAUCAAAAGGUCUCCAGAGUAUACAUGUAUAGAUAUUGUAUUGUUUGGAGAAACAUAACCUUGUGGAAUAUUUAAACUGUUCAAUUGCUGUCACACACCAGAAUGAUGACCAGACUGUCUUUACCAUUAUAAUAGCUUUAUAGUAGAUAUUUCACGACAACAAUGAUUCAUAAAAUGAUCUUUAAAUUAGCCAUUUUAACACAACCUUCCCAUAGUCAGCUGUAAACCCAAAACUAAGAAAUGACAAUACCAGACAAUAUUAAUUGAUCUAGUCAUUGGUCAAAGGUAUAUUACUAAUACUUCACACUGUCCAUCUGUUAAAUUAAUCAGACAUGUAUACAUUUGAAUAUUUAUGAAUAGAUCUAUAUAUAGUAGUGCCAAAAUAUUUUACACUCUCGACUCUCCCUCCCCUCCUCCCUCACACCUCAAAAAAAAAAAAGAGAGAGAAAAGAUGAUAAUUGGUGUAUUUUUCAAAGGUUUUUUAUUUAAAUUGUUUUCAAUUUUUAAUUCUGAGUUAAUAAUAAAACUGACACACUUAUUCACAAUAAUUUAGAGGUGCAUGUUUCUCCAUGCUGUCGGUCAUCAUAUACAGUGACAGAUUUGUCUUCCUUUCAUAUAAACAUAACACCACCAAUCUUUUUACUUAAUGGAUAUUUUUAUAUUGAUACGUUUUAAGUACGACAAGAGUAAUUAAUUUUCACUUUCAUGCAGGUAUGACAUAUGUUACUACUGUAGUAAUAUUACUGGUAUUCUGUUCUUUUACUUUUUCUUUUUUUCUGCACCAUAAUUGAACAUUGUUUUAACACUAGUCUACUGAUACUUUUUGAUUACAAUCAGUCAAACUUUGUAUCGGUGAAUUUUUCUGAUGUGAUGAUCGAGAUCCAUAAUUAAUUGUCACAGAGAAUGUUAACUAAGUGUUCCUCUGGUUUAGAUGAUGGCAUUAGUGUCCACAUGCUGGAUUUGGUGUUUGUUUUUGUGUGUACUUAAUAAUGAAAAAGAUAUUAAAUAAUUAUUAAAGGUAAAAUUAUUUGUUAGGUCUUUCCUGAUAAAGUCGACCAUAUGGUCAUUAUAAUUAAACAUUAAAAACUGGUUAUAAUCAAUGAUUGAUGAUGAAAUUGCAUCCGAUGGCCAUCACUAGUUUCAUAUACAUGUCCAAUUUGUUCAUGAACGGUCAGUCUUAAUUUUGUGCCAAUGGCAGGACAUACCUUUACAUACAAAAGUACAUCCUAAACAUUCAUGAAUAUAUGUAGUUAUGUACUCAUAUAUUUAUACUGAGCCUUAAUUCAUAUAUAAUACACACACACACACACACACAACUUACUUACUUGCAUACUUUACAUUAAAAUAUGGUUGGUGGUGAAUAAUUUCAGUGAUAGCGUUUUGUUUAAUGUCAAUAACUUCAGUUAGAAAAUAUCAUAGGCAUGUACUUGUAGUAUUGUGUAUAUAUACAUUUAGUUUACUUGUUUUUCCUAAAUUGUGAUUGAAGAAAAUAAUUAGCUUUAUCUUCAAUUUUUCUCUCUUUAUAAAGUUUAUAAAGGGGUGAAAUGUAGGUAUUUUUCUGCAGCAGUAACAAUGACAACUUUUGUGCUGAGCUCAGCUCAAUCUUAAUGCUUUGUGUUUAAAUGAAUGAAACUUGGUUUAUAGUUGUACAUGUACCUGUAUAGUCAUCACAGUGCAUGUACAUUUUUUUUUACUAAAAUAAAAAAAACAUUGAAUUUGUUUUGGUUAUUAUUUAGAUUUUUUUUCCUUAACAUGCAUUGAGAUGAACAUCUUAUGGAUACAACAAUCAGUAACAUCAAAUACGUUUUAAUGUUUAUGGCAGGCAUCAAUUUAAUUUCAUAGAAUUCUUGUUUAUUUCUGUCUUAACAUUGGUAAAUAAAGAGAUGAGCAUACCAUCAUUCAAGAAUGAUCGAGUCCAUUUUGUUUGUGUAUGUGUAUAGUUAUAAUCUACUUGCAAAUGUUUUAGUUUUAAAAAACAGACAUGUUUCAUUCGCUUGGUAUAUAGUACUUGUUAAAAGAUGCAUAUAGUAAAUUAUAAAUUAUGCAAUGUAACAGAAAUUUUCAAAGUUCUUAGUUAUGUCAAUUUUUGUGUUGAUUAUGUUCAGUUUAAGUGUACUGAUUACAAAAAUGUAACUACUUCUUCUAGAGUGUUAGUUUUAGUCACAGAAUCUCACUUUCACUACUUCUAGGAAAUGUUUUACAAAUUUAUGAGAUUUUUAGCUCCAAAGACUAUAUUGAUAGAUUAUUGAUAGAUUUUUUAAUGGUAUUUAUUAACACAAAUAUUACAUAGAUAUUUUGCAUGUUCUACUAUACAGGUAUAAAUCGACGACAAAGAUUACAAAUCACAAAUGAAGAGUUUUUCAUAUCUUUCAUCGAUGACAUGAUGAUUCAUGAUGACUUGAUGAUUCAUUAUGUACUAACCCCCACAGGUAGUCACCCAUCAUGUUGCAGUCCCAUUUCCCUUGAUAUCUUCUUUCCAUAGUUGACGUAUCUUGGUGAAAUUUUUCGCAGUAUUUGUCACUGAUUUCACCCAUAUUUUCACUGAAGAAAUUUAGGUGAAAAUGGAGAAAAUGCAAUUUCAGACAUCCGGCACCCAAGGUUUUCAUAAGUCUUUAUCAACUUUUCUAUUAACUUUUUAAUUCCCACUUUUGUUAUUCUAAAUGACCUCCAAGCAUUUUGUUCCUUUGAUGUCAAUUUUUCUUCAAAUUCUUGUGACUGAAGCAUCUUGUGAACAUCUGGUCCAGUGAAAAUACCGCCUUCGAUUUUUGCUUUCAACAGAUGUGGAAACAUGUUGGAAAUGUAUUUGAAAGCUUCGCCGCCUUUGUUAAGUGCUUUCACAAAUUGUUUGACAAGCCCAAGUUUGAUAUGCAGUGGAGGCAUAAGGACUUUCUCCGAUUCUACCAAGGUCUGGUAUUUCACAUUCUGUAUGUCUGGAAUAAAGUGUUCUCUUUGAGGCCAGUGUCUUUUGCAGUAGUGUUGACAUGUAGCACGACUGUCCCACAGGCAAAGAAAGCAAAAAUGUUUUUUAUAGCCUCCUUGGAGUCCUUUUAAGAAGCUAAUCAUUUUGAAAUCGCCACAGACUUGCCAUUUGUACCUGUUGUAGAUGGAUACUGAUUUCCAUUGUGCAGAAGAACACAUUUGAGACUUUGGGAGGAACUGUCUAUGAAGAGACGCCAAUCAUUUGGUUUAUAACCAAUACCCAGUUCUUGAAACAAGUUCCCAAUGUCAUUACAGAAAUCAUAUUUCACCAAAACAUGUUUUGAGAAUCUUUCAUGUCUUUUCCUAGCAGCUGUAGUUCCGAUAACUGUUGUUCAAAAGGUUCCACGCCAUCACUGAUGUUAGAAGCUCUGCAUUAGACUUUUGUCAGCCAGAGAUCUUGAAUCAAAUCAUCCAGUUCCUGCUGGUUUGAAAAGUGUGAUUGCUUCUUUUCUUCGUCAGUAUGACCAACGUAAGAUUCUUCAGAUUCAGAUUCAAAAUUUUCACCUUGACUCUCCAAAUAUUUAGCAGGUUAUCUCUGGAGAUGGACAAUUCUUCAGUGUGUGAAACUGGAACAAUAGAUGAUGGAAUAUCUGGAUAUGUGAUGUCGAUUUUUAGUUUUUUUGAAUCUUGAAAUAUCCACCAUACAGAAGUAGCAGUCAUUCACAUGGUUCUGUUCUCUCCAUACUCUGAGUAUGGCAAAGGGCAUUGAGGGGCGGUCACCUCGCAUCCAUCCCUCUAAAUUCGAUCGACGUGUGGAGCCCAUGAUUUGUCUUGAUCCCCAAUCUUCAUGCUAAAGUAUAAUCCAUAAGCAUGUGCAAAUUUCGUAGAUACUUUGAUUCCAUGCUGUACCUGCCUUGGGCCAAUGUAGAAUCCACAAACGUAACAAAAUGAAUCGCCAGAAUGUAAGCAGCCUUGCAAUGAACACAUUGCGCACCUGAAAAAUACUAAGUUGUCCUAUGCACGUAUAGGCCUAUAUAUAUAUAUAUAUAUAUAUAUAUAUAUAUAUAUAUAUAUACACCAUCUGGGGGCAGCCAUUGAAAUAUUCUAGAAAGUACCAAAACAUUCUAGAAAGCAUCAGUUCCUAAAAGGUACUGGAAUAUUCAGUGCUUGGGAUUUUCAAGAAUGUGGAAUUUUUUUCUAAAACCUGACAUAUAGUACAAAUUGGUGCCAAAUGUAUGCUUAAUCUAACAAAACUGAAUGGAAAAUGCAAAAAUAUAAACAAUAAAAUUUG